AUGAAAAUUUCGUCGGCUUUAUAGGAAAAAUUAUUAAUUAAAGAAAAUCGCGAUCUGUAUUUCCAAAAAUGAAUUUGCCAUUCAUAAGAAUAAAUCCCCUUGGGAUGGUAGUUUUAUGUGGUUGCUUUUUGUUUCUUAUUUAUAUUUAUGCCUCAAACUGGAAUGAUAAAUCAAAUGAUACAACUUUAAUCAGUUUAAAGCAUUUACUUGCAGUUAGCGUAGAUGCUGCCGAGCUUGGGGGCUUAAAAGUUCGAGAAGUUCGUCAAAGCUCUGAUUUGAAACAGAGUAGUAAAGGGAAAACUAAAGAAGGAGCGAAUGAUCCAUUGACGUAUGGAGAUAUACUGUCUCACAAAACUAUGCUAUACAGUUUGAAAAAAGCAUUUCCGAACUUGAAGGUCAUUUCUGAAGAGCAUGAUGAUAAAAUUGAGCCCCAUGAUAUUGGGCCGCCAGUUUCUGUGUGGGGUGCUGUCGAUAAAUUUCCUGGUGAUGUCCUUGUGCCAACAAAAGACAUUGUAGUGUGGAUUGACCCUCUUGAUGCUACACAAGAAUACACAGAAAAUCUUUUGCAAUAUGUAACUACUAUGGUUUGUGUUGCUGUGAGGGGAAAGCCAGUGAUAGGAGUUAUACAUCAACCUUUCCAGAAUGUUACAGUAUGGGGCUGGGAUGGACGUGGCACUUCCAAUCCAAAGCUAGCAUCAGCUGCUCAAGCUCAUGAUCCGAGCAAACCAUUUAAGAUUAUUGUGUCUCGUUCUCACUCCGGUAAAGUAAAAGAGGUAGCCAAAGCAGCUUUUGGACCCGAGACAGAAGUAAUCUCUGCUGGGGGUGCAGGCUUUAAGUCAUUGCAAGUAGCUGAAGGAAAAGCAGAUGCCUAUAUCCAUGUAACUCUGAUAAAGAAAUGGGAUAUAUGUGCUGGCAAUGCUUUGUUGAAUGCACUGGGUGGCAAAAUGACUGCACUGGAUGGAACAACUAUCAGCUACGGAGAUCCGACAAACGUGAAAAACGAAAAGGGCCUUGUGGCUUCCCUACAUAAUCAUGAUGACUUUGUGCAUAAACUAUCCAGUCUUUCAAGUUGAUAAGGCAGAAUAAGAACUCAUUGUUUGAAGUAUUUUUCAUAUUACAUUUCAUAAGCAAAAGCUUGUGUAUGAGUAGAGAUCCUUUAUAUGUAUGGUGAAUUUUACUACUGUAAAAUUCUGCAAAAUAAUGUUCCACAAGCAUAGUACUAAGUUUUAAAUGCUUUAAUUCAUUUGACUAAAAAUUCAGAACUUAGCAGCAACAUCAGCUAGCGAUAACAAGUGGUUGAAUUCAACCUCAUUCCAAUUAACUGUAAGAUAGACAAAAUCAAUUUUAUCAAGACAAAAAUACAAGGUGUUACUUGUAACUUGUAACUCAAUUAAUAUGCUUUUAUAAAAGGUUUUAAAAAAACUAAAUUUUUAUACACUCCUUCGGUCUUAUCAACUAGAUUUUUAAAAUAUCAUCUCCCUAAUAAUGUCUUGAAGAAAAAAAGUUUGACUCUUCUAUGACUAAAAUUGACUGAUUUAUGAAGUAUUGAAAAUCAUUACUUUAGAGGAUUUUUUGGUCCACCAGAUCUCUGGGGGACUGCACUCAAAUGGAUAAUUUUUUAGUAUGUGGUAAUAAUUAGUAUCCUACAACCCGUUUAUUUUAAAUUGCUGUUAUGCAAUCAAUUUUACUCAUUGAGCUGUAAAACUUUUUAUGGAAUACGAGGGGGGACCCAAAAAUAACCGUAUUUUUGUUCUAAAACAUUUAUAUAUUAGUUUAUUCACAAAAUUUCUUUUGUCUCCUUCAAAGUGUUCACCCUUAGAUGCAAUACACUUGUUAAUUCUUUUUUUCCACUACAGAAGCUCCCCUGGAACUCUCCAACUUUGAUCAUGUCCAGAGCCCUUUGCAAAGCAGUUUUCACAGCCUCUACCUCAUCAAAACGCUUCACUUUAAGAAUUUUUUCAUCCUCGGGAACAGAAAAAGAUCACAGGGGGCUAGGUCUGGCGAAUACGUUUAAAGCAUCCAAGCCACUCGAAAACUUGUGUAAGGAUCAUAGCAUUGUUCUUGAAAGCUUGUUGAAGCAUUUGGUAAGCUAUUACGUUGCCGACUUUUCAAGCAGGAAGCAAAAUUUCAAUUUUACAGUUUGUUCUUUUUAAAUCUGCCAUAAUGAGUUCGCAGGUGGAAAACAACAACACCUGAGAAAAACAACACUAUGAUCAGAUGUUAUCAAUUAAACUGCCGCCACUUGCACAGCUGGUUUGUGAAGGUCUCUAGAGCCAUCUAGCUGGAGAACACUCUACUACAUCCAUAAUUGGCAUCACACCAUUAGUCCGGUUUCCUUUGGGUCCCCUUUGGUAUAUUAAGAUGUGAAACUUUUCUUGUUAAAUAUGAUGGGUAGAAGGACUGUUAAAAUUUAGAUUUUACAAUUUUUAUAGAAAGUUUUUGGUUUACUGAAAGCAUAAAUUAUAAUUCGUUGCAGAUUUGUAAUUAGAAGUAAAUGCUCAUCUUUAAAGUUUGUUACAUAACCAAGGUACUUCAUUCAUUUAAAUAGGAAGGGCACAAAAAAGGGAAAAAAAAUAUUUUGAGAGUAGAAGAGGUGAAACUCUUAUACAUAACAUAACAUAAGGUCAUAACAUAACAUAGCAGUUCAGUUUAUUUUCCCUGCAUUUUCAAUUAAAUGACUAAAUUUAAAAAAAAAUUGUGAAUAGAUUGAGCAGUAGUCCUUUAUACAUAUGCAGCUGUAAAAUUAAGAUACCUGAUUUUUUUUCCUCAUGUAUGUGCUGUUGUGAAAUUCGAUUAUUUUAUUUUCAUUUUAUGUUUCAUACAACAGAAUACAUCUUAUGUACUUCCAUUUUAAAAAGACAAUAUGGUAAUUAGAUGGAUCUAUAGUUUAAAUUUUCAAACAAACAAAAAUUAUUUUUCUUCCCUUUCCCUCUUUUUAUUUCUUUCUUUAUUUUAUUAAUUUUUUUAUGUAUAACAAUAAAUUUCUACACAUUCUGCUAAAAUUAUAUUGUUACUAAUUCCACUCGAAUCACCAAGCCCAAGUAACAAUUGCUAGUCAAUUUAAGGCAGUGAAGGACAGCUUCCAUUUUAAUGGACACCAUUUAGGAGAAAGUCCGAAUUAGCUCAGAAAGCAAACGAUAGAUUGAAGCACCAUUUUCAAAAUUUAGAACCAAACCAGAAGCCGAACAACGCCUGGUUCAGCACCCCCCAAAGGAUUUGAUUCAUGUAGAAGACUUUAUGACUACAACAUAUUUAACGUGUCCCAGUCAUCGCUGAAAUUCUACUUUUUAUUGAACAAUAUUAACAUAAAUUUAUUGCAUUUACUUACUUACCUUGCUUGGAUAGCAUGAAAUAAGAAGUUAAAUCACGUUUGAAAAUGCUGAUGAUGUGAACAAUGUAAAUUUUCCAUAAAGUCUCCUUAUGAAGGAUCUCUAAAAUUACUUGUAAGCAGUUAAUAAUUUUUCCCCUCCAGUUCACAAACUUAAAUAUUCAUUCCCAUAAAAUAUUAACAAGAUUUCAAUAGUGUUUAUUAAAUACCUACCUAUAGCAAAAAUUGGCUGUAGUAAAAUCUGAGUCAUAGCAGUGGAAUUAGUCCUGCAAUUACUAAGCUAGAACAAUAUUAUGCUCUGUGUUUCUCUAGGCAACCAACAAUUUGGUGAUUGACAGUUAUUGCUUUAAUUAAUUAGUAUGACUUUAUUCAUAAGAAUAAAACAUGCAAUUAUUAAAAUUUGCUAUUUAAAAUUAUUUCUCCAGCAGAUAUUUAUUGCAUCAUAUUAUUUAACAAUGAAGCUAAUAUUCAGGGUUUGCAACAGUUAUGCUAUAAUCAAAUUUCACUUCUAGUAUAGCCCAAAAAUUAAAAUGAACAAUCCAAAAUUGAAAACGUGUAAUUCAACUAUAUGUUUAUUACAAAACGGUCAUUGUGCGCAUUUGUAAUUCAUAAUUUAAAAUGUUGAACUACCAGUAUGCUAUGAUACAAUGCAUAUUCUGCAAUAAGAUAUCUUCAAUUUCUCAUUUUGCUUCACAGCAAAAAAUAAAAAGAAAAUUUAUUGAUGGCAAUGUUGGUGGUAUACAAAAUUUAUGUAAGAGAAAAUUCAAUCCCUCUCUUCUGAGUUGUUCUUUCAAAUAAAAAGAAAAUUAUAAUGAAAUGUAUAGUGUCUAUUAUUAUGUUAUGAACCUACACUGGCGUGAAAAAAUUAAGGACGAGACUGGCUUUUCAAUAUAACUUUGUACAAAAGCUUUCCAAAUCAACACAUUUAAUACCGUAAGAUCCCCAAUACGUAAGGACAUGUGUAAUGUAAGCAACACUUACUGAAAGAGAAAUCAGAGGGAUAAAAAGAAGCUUUAUUGAAAAAGUAGCAUGGAGCCCAAUGUGACUGAAGGCCGAAACAUCCCUGUGAUGGGUGUCCAGCAAGAAACAUCCGGUCUUUAGUAGGGGAUAUGAUCUCCCCCGACUGCUAGACAGGUUUCACAGUGUCUGCCCAUGCUGAGAAUGAGGGUGCCAAUGAGUUGUUGAGGCAUUGCUGCCCAUUCGUCUUGCAGCGCCAAUCGAAGCUCCCGAAUCGUUACUGGUGGUAAGGUACGAGCUGCCAAGCGUCUGCCUAGAAAAUCCCAUACAUGCUCGAUGGGAUUGAGAUCCGGAGAUCGUGCCGGCCAAUCCAUACGUUCAAUAUCCUCACUUUCUAAGAGCUGUUCGGCAGCUACUGUGCGAUGACAUGGUGCAUUGUUGUCCAUGAAAAGGAACUGCAGACCCAUAGCGCCUCUAAAAAGACGCACAUAUGGAAGAAGAAUCUCGUUAUGAUAACGGGUCCCGUUGACUGAACCUGCGUCGAAGAUGUGAAGGUCUGUAGGACUACCAAGCAUGAUGCCUCCCCAAACGAGAACACCGCAACCUCCAUACCUGUCCCUUUCAAUGAUGUUCGAGGGAUGAUUGCGGCUUCCCCGCUCUCUCCAGAUGAGUAUGCGACGAGAAUCGCUACUCAGACUGAAUCUGCUCUCAUCUGUAAAGAGUACUCGUCCCCAUUCAUUGUCUCUCCAAUUCCGGUGUUCCCGGCACCACAUAGAACGCCUUCUCCGAUGAGCAGGCGUUAGAGGUACACACCGUAUAGGGCGUUGUGCAAACAGACCACCACCAUGCAGUCUUCUGGCCACGGUAAAACGCGAUAUUGGUCGUCCAGUCGCCUGUGUCGUGUGUCUAGCGAUUUCUCCCGCUGUCUGCCGCCUGUUUCUUCUGGCCUGUAAGACAAUAUACCGGUCAUCUGCGGGUGUGGUUCCUCAUGGACAACCACUACUGAACCCCCGGAUAGCUGUUCCUGUAGUCGUGAAACGAUGCUGUGAGCAAUUCCGAACUUAACAGCCACACUUGUCACACUGCGGCCUUCCUCCACCUUCCCAAUGUUUCGACUUCGGGUAAAAGCAUCCAGAUGCCGUCCAACAGAUUGAUUAUUCGCCAUUUCUUGCUGAGGCAGCAACUCGGUGUGAUUUUAACUGCUAUACGGCGUGCAAUCUCUUUGCCAGGAAUACUGAUCUUACACCGACAAUAUGCUUUAUACUACUCAGACACUCCCCCAUUACGUCUGCCUGCAUAUCUGUGUAUGUGCUACCGUACAUCACCUUACUUAAUCUCCUGAUUGGUCUUUCUGUCCGCUCUGCCUCUUCGUUUAGCUGAUAUGCUAAUUUUUCGACUUCGUCCUUAAUUUUUGCACACCAGUGUAUAUCACAAUAACUAUAGUUCUAAGGGAAAGAGUUAAAAACAAGUUAUAUUUUAAAUGUAUGAAAAAUAUGGUAUAUGUGCCAUUUUAAAGUAGAUCUUUGGUUUGCAAUAUUAUUAAAUGUGGUGUGCCAUAAAUUCCUUUGCUGGAUUUAUUUUAAGCUCUAAUCAAGCAACAUAUGUGAAAUUGUCAACAAUGUCGUAUGAACUUUACAAUUAGCUUGAACCUUGAUUGGCAUGGUGAAGACAUGUAUAAAUUUAUGAAGAAUCUCAUUUUUAUGAAAAUAAGGUGUUUCGUUUUCUUUCCAUUUCUUUGUAUAACGUGUUUUACUUGAUUCAGAAAUGAUGAACAAGAUGAUGAAUUUAAACAAGUUUAAAGGGAGCAGCAAUUUAUAAAAUUUAAGUGUGUAAAAUGUACUUGAUGUGUAAUAUACUUGCACAAGUUAUUAGUAAACCAUGUUCACUCAUUUUGAUAGCUGAGAACUCUUGCUUGAAUCCGAUUUUGCAUCAAGCCAUAGGAACGUAUUUCUAAAAAAAAAAAAAAUUAUUUGUAAUUUAACAGCGUUAAAAGAAUUAUUUGUAUUCACCAAAAGACCGUUUUUCCGCUCUCCUCUCAAGUCGUGAUUAUGUGACUUACGUUAGUUUGGCUCUGAGGUACAGAAUAAUUAUAAAAUGAGUAUCUCUAUUUAAAGCUUUCUGUAGCUUGAAGGAAUAAUCCCAAUGAAAAAAAAAAAAUUUGAUACACUUACUAAUCAGGUAUAUGUAAUGUAAUAUACCAACUAAAGUCUCACGAUCAUUUUGUGAACAAGGUUUAAGAUAUUUAUAAUUUGCUUAUUCUUUUAAUAAAUUUAUAAAACAAUUGAAUAUACCAAAAAAAAAAAUUUAAUGCAUCAAACGUUAUCAAGAAAACUAAAUCUGUAACUUAAAUACUGUGCAAUAAUAAUAUAUGGACACAUGAACCAUUCGUUUUGACAAUCCCAGAAUUUUCUCGUGAUGUCUAAAUGGGCCCAUGUAUCUCGCAUUACUCAAAAACGGUAUGCAAACGCUUAGUGGGGUCUAGUUGUGCACCUUCCCUUUUGGUUGCAUUUGGAUGUCCUAAAAGGGGUCUUUUUCACGUUUUUGGGGGAAAUCUGUGUUAAUUUCAAUGCAAACUCAAGUAAUGUUAUAAUUUGACAAACACUUGGUGAUAUAUCGCCAAGCUUUUAAUUGCCAAUUUUGGUUUUUGGUGCCAACUUGGCAAAAAAAAAUUAUUUUUCAAAUCUGUUUCUAAUUUGGCAAUAUUUAGAGUUAACCAUUGAAUCACGUUAAAAUUACGGAUAUUGGAAAAAUUGUUCUCUGUAAAACACUUUUUCGCUUUGGUUCGUGCCAAACUAGGAGUGAAAAUAUUUAAGCAUUUCCUUGCUCACUCUAAGGCACUAUUAUCAUUAAAUUGCCGUAAAAAGAAGUCAUGUGAUGCACGCAUCAGCUAGUUUAACUCUGUGAUUCAAACAAGUGCAAAAUUCAAACCCGUAAGUAGGCUUUCAGUGAAAAGUUUUUCUAUGUCAUGCUGCAUAGCAGCACCUACCAGGGCUAAUAGUACCAUCUCUUACCCCAAAACAAAUGAGGUGUACUGGUUAUCUCUUAAUAUUUUUAUUUUGGCAUUUGCAUCCCUUAUGCUUCAAAUUGAUGUUCAACUUGUUUCCCUACAGAAUUCUAAUUUUGAAAACUUUGUAAAAAUAAAAAAUAUCUAAAACCACUGAAUUUGAAUGUAAGUUUUGUUGAAUAUUUGAAAAAAUAAAUAUUGU